UAGGUGCAUUUAUAGGAAUGUCCGAGGUUGUAUGGCUACCAAGCAAGUGCAAAGAUCCGACAACGACCCCACUGUCUGCGUGAUCACGUACCGUGGAAGGCACACGUGCAUUGACCACCCUGCCACUGUCGUCCCUUCUUCUACGCUGCCUGAAAAUCAAACUGAUUCCAAUGCCUCCAUCGAUUAUGCCCCUCUCCAAAUCGGGGAACUCCCUGUGUAUGUCUCGGCCGCAACUUCAGGGAACAACUCUCAAGCAACAGGACACCAGAGACGAUUACCAGAGUUGAAGGUAGCUUAUCACGGAAGAAAGUCGGAUGACAAUGAGAUGCAACGACUUGUUGAGGAAAAAUCGAUCUCUGAUGAGCCCGUCGCUAGUUCAGUUGAUACAUCCAUUAGUUUGGGUUUGGGCCUCUAUUCUCAUACUGCUGACGAUCAGAAAGAUCUCAAGCCAUUAUUGGGGAUUGACUUGCGUCAUACAAGGGCAGGCUAUGUCACGAACGAAGGAUCACUAUUGAGUGAUCUGAAAAAAGAAGAAAAUGCAAUAGUGUCGAGUGCAGUGGAAAAACCAGUAGCCAUGCAGAAGCAAAGGGCAGAAAGUGAUUUUGUGCCAAUGCAAAGCAGUCAAGAUGCAGAGACUGAACUAUUUCCCUGGAUAAUGAAUAAGGAUGCCAAUCCUCAUGCUGUUUUGGGAAAAGCUCAUUCAUAUUCAUCACACUCAGAGUCAGAAGUUGGUUCACGUUACUCAGAAUCAGAAAUUGGUUCACAUUACUCAGAAUCGGAAGUUGGUUCACAAUGCUCAGAAUCAGAGUCCGAAGACACUGAUGAGGAGAUGAAGAUUGUCGCAAGUCCAGAAUAUCAUAAGAGAGAAACUUUUGCAAAUGCAGGACACUGCAGAGCCAGAGGUUGAACCCUUUUCCUUGAAAGUAAACGAAGACACUGCUUCUGACAAAGUUCAUUCAUAUUCCUCAGAACAAGAAUCUGAAGUUGAUUCAUAUUGCUCAGGACCGGAAUAUGAAGUUGGGGAUAAAAAGGCGAGGAUAGAAGCUAGUCUAGAAUAUAAUGAUAUUAUACACAUACCAAAGAUGAAAAAGGAAAGUUCUUCACAAGCUACUUUGGAUGAUGCCGAUGCCUUAAUUGAUAUGUUAGGCAGUGGUGGAAAACAAGAAGGGAGAUCAUCAGAAGGAUGGGGUGCAGUUAAAUAUGACUAUAGUCGACCAUCUCAUUAAGUCCAAAAAAAAUCUAACGUUGAAAAAAUUGGAAUAUAUGGCAGAAACGAAGUUGGAAAAGCUAUUGUCAUUGGAGCUUUGAAGGAAUCUGCAAUUUUGAGAAAUCUAUUUGAUAGAGUCAUCUGUGUUGCUGUUCCUCUAAACUGUGACAUGGAAAAGGUGCAAA